AUGUCGCCACUUCGACCAGAAGAUUUAUGGGAGGAAUUUAAAGGAUCUAUGUCCGAAGAUUAUAAAAGACGUUUCGGAGCAGAAGAAGGAAAGAAAAAAGCUUACAUUUACAUCAAUUCUAUGCUGAAUCGUGAAGAUCACAGUCUUUCGACGUUUCCCAAUAUGAUUCAAAUAAAUGAAAUUGAUGAUGGAUUACUAGAUGGUGAACUAUUGCAAACUGUAAACGCGAGCGACUCACAUACGUAUUACAAUAAACUUAAUCAACCCUUUUACCUAACGGAAAAACCGUUCAUAAAACGUUUGGGUUACCUGUACCAAUGUUCUCGGAUUCAUCCUCUUAUAUUAAACCUAAUUCCUAAGCAAGGUGAAUAUUUGAAAAACAUUGAUGUUUUUAUUUGGGAUGAAGCUCCAAUGUCGCCUAGAUAUGCACUAGAAAUUAUAGAUCGUACGUUACGUCAUAUAAUGAAUAAUGAUAUGCCUUUUGGCGGAAAAAUGAUGAUUUUAGGAAGGGAUUUUCGUCAAUUACUUCCAGUUCAACCUCGGGCGACUCGAAGUGAAACUGUUAAUCUUUCUAUUAAAUUCAGUUUAUUAUGGAAAGGUUUUCAUCAGUUUUCAUUAACACAAAAUAUGCGAGCAUUACCAGAAGAAAUAGAGUUUGUAAAUUUUUUAUUAGAUAUUGGUAAUGGUACCGUCAAUGAUUUGAAUGAUGAAGUCAAUUUACCGGACACAUGUUUUACAUCAAAUAAUAAUGAUAUCGUAGAAAAUGUAUACGGUAGGAUAAUCAGAGAAAAAUGUUAUGAUCAACUUACAUCUGCAGUCAUUUUAUCAGCAAGAAAUAUAGAUGUGGAUGAAAUAAAUAAACAAGUCAUAGAACUCUUGGACUCUACAACUGAAAAAAUUUUCACAGCUAUUGACAGUACUGAAAACUGUGAUAACGGAAACAUCGAUGAUAUAAUUUUACCCGAGUACUUAAAUACUUUGAAUCCACCUAAUUUCCCGCCAUAUGAACUGAAAUUACGACAAUUUUCUAUAGUGAUGUUGAUUAGAAAUUUAAACUUAAGCGAAGGACUCUGUAAUGGAACAAGACUAAUAAUACUAGAAUUAAGAGUUAAUGUUUUAAGGUGUAAAAUAUUAUCAGGUGACAGAGCUGGAGAGAUUGUCUUUAUAAACAGGUUAACAUUGUAUUGUGAAAACGAAUAUCCCUUUACUUUUAAAAGACGACAAUUUCUCAUUAAAAUAGCAUUCUGCAUGACGAUUAACAAAGCACAAUGUCAAACUUUUGAUAAAAUUGGGGUAGAUCUUACUAAAGAUAUUUUUAAUCAUGGUCAACUUUAUGUUGCAUUUUCACGAGUACGUUCUUGGGCAGGCUUACAGGUAUAUUUAGCUUCUGAGAAUCAUAAUAAAGUAGUUAAGAACAUAGUUUAUAAAGAAAUUUUCACAUAA